UGUAAAUUAAGUGAGAGGAUAUCUUGUUGCAUCACUGAUUGAUUUGCAGAUAUCCGCAUGUAUUGCUUGGAUUGGAGAAGUAGCUUAAUAAUGCUGGUGGCCUGGUAAGUACUUAUCUAUAUGGUGCUUAAACAAAUAUUGCAGGACCUAUCUUCCUUUCAAGUGUAUGAAAUAUUUACUUCAUUUCUGGACCUGUGAGUUCAAACAGAUUGGCUCUGAGAUUUUCUUUAUAAAAAAUACUCCAUCUGUUCCAAAGUACGACUAUUAUUUUGGAAUGGAGGGAGAUGUAGGAUGUUACAAAGUACAAACACCCCCUGCCCGAUGUCCAAACUCACAACUGAAUGCAUAAUGGACCCAACCACCCACCACGGGUCGGCCCAAAAGUACUAGCAAAUUGGUAUAUAUUAAUUAUUUGCUUGUGCUUAUGGAGGCCUAAAUAUUCUUUAUCUAACGAUGUGAUGUUACAUUUCAUGAUAUUUGUUUCCGAGUCUUUAAUAGGAAUUCGUGACGAUCAACUUAAGCAUGGAUUCGUUGAACAAGUUCAAGCUCAAGAUUUUGUUGGCAUCGGAGCAUGUUGUAUACAGCAGGUUCUCGGGCUCGUUGACUUGUGAGUUAUAGGUACUGUAAAAUUGAUCUAGAUCCCAGAAUCCAAUAUUAUAACAGUUGAUUAGUUUUCUAUGGUUUUACUUCUCAAUUCUCAACGCUCAGCAAAGUCAAUCAGUGAUUCCGAUUCCAGUUAGAUUAGUACUAAUAACUAAGGUGGUGAUCUUCAUUAAGAUUAGGACAGAACCAACCUAGCUCCACCAACUGUUUUUUAAUAUUAACGUCAAUGAUUUGUUUUUCGAUUUUCCAAACAGCUUCCUGCUCAGUUUUUUACUAUACCAAAUGCGAGCCAAAAGACUGCGUGUGAAUGACACCCGCAGGAUAACGCUAACACGUUCCCUAUUCUCCUAAUCAGCAUACUAAUCCAUAAUUAGCACUACUUGUCUCGAAUGUAACUCAGGCUAUGCAACCACAUCUAAUGUUGGUGAUUAGUGUUAGGAGUUGUCUCAUAUCGGUUAUGAGAGGGAGAGGAAGCUAGAACAUAAGCAACCAGAAGUCCAGAACAACUCUAAUAACACGAGGCCCAAAUUGGACAACAUCAGUUAUGCCUCGCUUAGCUGGCCGACCCCGGGAUGAGGCAGGUGGGCUUUGAGCCGGAGAGAAGUUAAGAUUUUCUAUUUUAGACCUGUUAGAUGGUUUAAAUUUAACUAUUUUAAUUAAUUGUGAUGAGUUUGAUGACAAGUUUAUUCUCAUUUUGCAAGAGAGUUUGAUGACAAUCUUAAAAAUACAUAGAAGAACCAUGUAUUGUAAUUUUUUUUAUAUCCUAGAAUUAUGACUUGCGUAUAUCUUAGUAGUCUAGCUCUUUUUGAUUGUUUUAGUGAAAACAAGACGUUGUAAACGAUAACAUAAGAGUACUUAAGCAGACAUGGAUGAUCAAACAUGAAGCCCCCGGCUCAACAGAAAUCUUCCCAUACUUGCCUUUGAUUUCGAGUCCAAAUUUUCGAGUUUCAGGUAAAUUUUGAUCCGAAAUUCGGUGGAUCGGAUUCAGGUUUAUCAGAUUUUUUCGAGUCCGGAUCUUGUUAAAAAAUUUGAGUUUGGAUUUGGAGAUCGAAGAACACAGUCCAAUCCAAUCCGUUGCCAUCCCAUGUUAACAAACAAAAUAAUUUGUGUGCAAGUGCAUGUGUUUACUGUUCAAUAUAUUUUCUAAUAAACUGUUGAUAUCCCUCUCUGCCAAAUAUCAUUAUACUUCCUUCUUUGUUGGAGAAUCAACAGACCUCCACUCUAAGCCUGAAUUUUGCCAAGGACGUUCAGCCAUUCAUGAGGUACUGAAUUGGUCAAGUCAGAUGACAUUUUUGCUGCUCUGUCCCAACAAGAGUCUGAUGAUUUUUAACGUAACUCAGCUUUAAAGCUUAUAAAUUUAAAAUGAAACCCAAAAGAAAACUUGAGGUAUGAUUUCAUACAGAAGAUGUAUUAGCUAAGUAAAAGUUCACCAAAGGAAAAAAAGGGUCUAAAGCCAAAUCAAACAAAAGAACAAACAAGAAUGAUGGGAAUGUUUUAGACUUACUUUUGUGAAACAACUUAGAGUACUAAGUUUCAUUACGAUUGCUUUUGAGAAAAUGUAUUUCAUUUCAUAUUUUGGAUUUCAAUUUUUAUGAUAUCAGGUGUCAUUUCAAAUUAUGAGUUUUAUAUUAGUUUUUGAAUGUCCUCAAUUUAAAUUCAAAUCCAACUUUUUUUUGUGUACCCAAACAUGUCAUUUUGAUUGUAUCCAGAAGUUCAAAUGAAACUUAAGUUCUCAAACAGGUCAUAGAAGAAUCAAUAGAGUGAAUGAGAAAAAUCAGGUGAUAUUGGCACUCUAUUACUUAACUUUUGCAUAAUUUUAUCAGUAACAAAAAAUGUAGGCAAUUUGGCACUGCUAUGGCGUUUUUAACAUACACGUUUGGUAACUGCAGUCUGCAGCAAAUGGGAGAAAGAAAAUGAACAUAUCUAUUCGUUUAGAAAAACUUUUGGUGAGAAGAACAAGAGAGAACGUAUCGGUAGUGUAUGCUUUGUGCAUACCUCUGAUUCUGUUGUUCGGUAUAUGUCUAGUUUUGGACAUUUGUGCAGGCCCUUGUUUAUUUUUUUCUAUUAACGAAAGUACUCCUUAAAUGUGUUGGCGAAGAUUUUGUACUAAUUUGGCGAUUUGUGUUGAGCAUCUUAUGAUGGAGUUCAGCUAUAAAGUGAAAGCCAAAUCUUCAAACCCUUAUAAUAAUUUAACUGUAAAUGAGCUAAAUCUCCAUGGCUAACGAAGCUUCAUUUUGUCAUGUCUUCUUGAGCUUUAGAGGGGAAACUCGCAACAAAUUCACAUGUUUUCUCUACGAGGCCUUAAGAGCCCAAGGGUUUGUAGCCUUCAUGGACAAAACUGAUAUACGUGUUGGAGACGAAGUAAGUUUGACAAUUAAGGAGGGGAUUAGAAACUCUAUGAGCGCCAUAAUUGUAUUCUCCAAAAAUUAUGCGGACUCUACAUGGUGUCUUGAUGAACUUGUACUCAUCCUUGAACGCAACAGAAACUCUAGGUAUUUUAUCCUUCCCAUUUUUUAUGAGGUCGAAAUACGUGAUAUUAGGCACCAGUUGGGUAAUUAUGGACUCGCGCUGGAAAAGCAUAAGGCGAGGCACAAUGACAAGAUUGAGAAGUGGAGAGAAGCUCUGGUAGAAGUUAGUAACAUAUUUGGCGAGCAUGUAGAGGGAUUACAAAGCACAUUCAUCCAAAACACCGUCAAAUUGUUUAGAGAAAGAUUGGCCGCUAAGUUCCCAGAAUGUCGCCUCCCAACUCAACAAGUUCCAGUUUUACAAGGCAGUUCUUCAUCGUCCUCCUCGUCAAGACACGAGUCAUCUGAAGACAAGAUUAUUCUGUACACAACUACUAGUGUUACCGAUGUUGCAGGUGCAUUAAAAAAGAUUUUGAGAAGUGGAAAUGUUGUAUAUGAGGAGAGAAACUGUUCAAUUGAGCCACGGUAUUUGAGAGAGCUAAAAGAUCUGGUUGGAAAUGACAAGGUAAGGUUUCCUAUGGUGAUUGUGAAUGGGAAGGACCUGUGCGGAGAAGAAGAGGUCGAGGGCUUUUAUGAUGCCGAAGUUAAACAAAAGCUUAUCGGAUCACUGAUGUAUCACUACUAUUCACAAAGAUUUGCGAGCCACUUUCAAGCUACCAUGUCAAAUGCAAUGUUUCGUAGAUAUUGGUAAUGUUAAAACAUCGUGUUCGUGAAUGAAAAUUGCAUGAUCAUCACUUUGACGA